ACGCAACUCGCACUCCACUAGAGAGGUGUGAGGGCAUGAAGCUAACGCAGGAGGAUAAACGUAAGAUUAAUUUAACGAUAGGAAUACGAAAAUCAGUUUAGCUGUCAUAAAAUACCGGGUAGGACAUACCGUUGAAAACAUACGAGUUGUUUUCGUUGAUUUAAUCGCAGUUUGCUCGCGGUCGCAUGUCAUUGAAUGUUGGCUAGCUAAGUUAACUAACGUAACUACGUUCGUCAGUUGAUCUGUUAUUGCAGUUGUUCGCAAAUGUCGAACUGUUUGUUUAUCUAGUAAAUUACUAUGAUAGCGUCUCAUAAUAUGAGAUUAGAAUACGAAAAAAAUGAUUGAUUAUGCUCUCGUGCAUUUUAGUUGUCCAUUAAAACCUGUCGUUAACUAUUUUGCAAGAUAAUCGCUAGUGCAUGUUAACUUGACAUUGCGUUGCACUUGUCCCAGUCCUAUCAAUACAUGGGAACUAAUUUGUAUAGUAAAUCUUUGUUUUUUAGCUAAUUCAGGGCGCAUUAAAGUGUACUUCAAAGCCAAAUCUAGAAAUCAUCGAGUCGUGGUUCUAGAAACAAAGAUGUUCCCCUCCGUCCAGCAUCGCCCCGUGUGCAGUAUAGGGGCCAGAGCUGUCCGAUUGCAAAGCUUUAGCACUUUUAAACCAAGUGGUGCGAUAAAUAGCAAAUCGUGGAGUUUGUCGUGGCUGGGUGAGCGCGUGGGCCUGCUGGUGUCAUGGAUCCAAAAAGCAGGAAGGGGAACGAACAAGCUGGCCUCCGACAAAAAGAAGGAGAGACUGUUGUCUAUAUUCGCCAACCAUUGUAGUUUUGUGACGGGCCAGAGGCUGAGAAGGGCCCUUCAGAUAGGAGAGCUGUACUCGAACCUGUACUCUGAGAGGAGCAGGUGGACACUCGUGGGCAACAUAUGGCGGCGCCUGCAGAGCAAACAUGCCCACACUGGAAAACUCAUAGCAGCACUGGCUGGGGUCUUCAUGUGGGAAGACGAGAAGAUUGGAGAUGAUGAGCUGAGAAGGUGUGCAUGGGAGCUGCAGGCACUGGAGUCGGUGAGAAGCCAAAAUGUGAACCCAACGACAGCCGUGCAUGCGGAUCCAGGCUGGGAGGUGGUCGUGGAGAAGAAAAACGUCAGAGUUUGGAGGAGACCCAUCCAGGGUAGCCAUCUUUUUGAAUACAGAGUGUUUGGUUCAUAUACAGAUGUCACCCCCCGGCAAUUCUUCAAUGUUCAGUUGGACACAGAGUACAGAAAGAAGUGGGACGCGCUGGUUAUCAAACUGGACAUGGUGGACAGGGACGUCAACACGGGCACCGAGGUCAUUCAUUGGGCGACGCAUUUUCCAUAUCCCAUGUACUCCAGAGACUAUGUCUACGUGCGCCGGUAUCAUGUUGACAUGGAGAAUAACUUAAUGACCUUAGUCUCCAGAGCCGUCAGACACCCCAGUGUCCCAGAAACCCAGGAGUUUGUCCGAGUUCACUCUUACCAGUCCAAGAUGGUCAUCCGCCCACACAGGUCAUUUGACGAGAAUGGCUUUGAUUACCUGCUGACUUACAGCGAUGAUCCUCAGACGGUCUUCCCUCGCUAUUGCGUCAGCUGGAUGGUGUCUAGUGGCAUGCCAGACUUCCUGGAGAAGCUUCACACCGCAGCUCUCCGAGCUAAAAACAUGGACGUCAGUGUCCACGAUUACGUCAGCAUCGUAAAACCUACCCAACCCACCCAAGAACGACUAGCUGACAACGCUCACACCGGAGACCCAAGUCAGAUCUACGCCUGAGCAUCUGGCCACAGCGAUUGAUAUACAGUAGUAAAAUGAUCCAGAACAGAGCAUUUUUCACUUAUGGGGUCAUUAAUUGAAGCCACAAAGAAAUCCGAACCAUUUAUUCCCAAAAUUAUCUAUGCCAUUGACCAGUCCUGUACUAGCUGUCCUACUGAGCGCUCACGUCCCCUAUUUUGUAUGCUGUUAGUUUGCUUCCUCUUACUUUUUGUAGGGUACAUCUGCUGAGAUGAGCCAAAAUAAUGGCAUUUAUUAAUUGUAGAUUCUCCUGCCAAAGCAGUUUUUCACUCUGCAUUUACAUCACGAUCAUCAGAAUCAAUCAUGCUGUUGAGAUGCUGAAAAACAACAGGAGAGCAUGUAAACACCCCACCAGCUUCAACUACAGAAAGCAGUUUGUGUGCAAAGCCACUUUUUUUUUUUCACUUUGUGGUUGUUUUUUCCAGUUUAUGCUGUAAUGAACUGAUCUGAGCAGAACCAGAUCGACUCACCAUCGUCCUCAUUUACCGUGUGAAUGUUCACUGCCAGUAAAACCCAAACAGCCUUCACAGGAUCACCAAAACUGUCUUAUGCCAACCGCAGCAUCCUCACGGUCAGGCUUGGCUUCCUCCUGCGCUCUAGGGCUGUUUAAAAAGUCUAAAACAUCUUUUCUACUCUGAACUCCAGCAAAUGAGGACACUGUGAUUUGACGUUGUAAUGAAAGUGAAAGGACGGUGCAUACGUCUGCAUACAAACUCACUGCAGGAUGGAUUUUGUGCAAAAAAUUUGGGGGUGUUUUUUGUGAUUGGGAAUCCACUCUGAUGGGAUUGUCUGUGUUAUACAUGUUUAUACUU